AUGCACCACGCCAGUCCCAGUGGCCCCCUCGGACUCGGUCCUGGGGGUUCGGGGCUUCACUCGCACCAGGGCCUCCGCUCUUCGGCUCCGCUGACUGUGUUUCUGUCAAAGUUUGGGGCAAGCGCCUCCUAUUCGUUUGUCACAAUUGCCCUACCCUUUGGCGCGUUUCCUGUUGCUGGACCCCUUCCUGCUACCCAAACCAACCCAUUACUAGAGUUUAUUCCGGUUCACUAUGACCCAGUUCUCCUAGAAAUCCAUGAUCCAAAACUCACUCCACAGGAAGAAGCAAAUAGUCUUUCAGACAGUGGACAAGGAAGCUGUGAAACAGUUGAGACCUUGGAUGAAAGAGACUCAGAUGAAGAGAUUUUUGUGAGUAAGAAAGUGAAAAACAAGAAAGUGCUACAAGACAGUGAUUCAGAAACAGAGAACGUAAAUGCCUUCCCAGAGAAAACUGCCUAUGACAAUGCAGAGGAAGAAAAUAAAGAGAAUUUAUAUGCUGGCAAGAAUGGAAAAGUUAAAAGGAUUUCUAAAACUCUGGCUGACAGUGAUGAGAGUGACACUGAAGAGUCUUUCCAUCAGAAAAAUACCGAGCCUUGCUCAGAGCUGGAUCUCCAAUCUGAAAAAUCUGUGGACUUGACAGUUGACAAAAAGAUUUCCAAAAAAUCCAUACGUAACAAAGAAGGAACUGGGGGAAAAGCAAAAGUAAAAUCAAAGAGAAGACUUGAGAAAGAGGAAAGAAAGAUGGAAAAAAUUAGGCAGUUGAAAAAGAAGGAAACAAAAUAUCAGGAAGACGAUGUGGAACAGCCAUUGAAUGACAGUGGUUGUCUUCUUGUGGAUAAAGAUUUGUUUGAAACUGGAUUGGAGGAAGAAAAUAACUCUCCAUUAGAAGAUGAAGAGUCUUUGGAAUCAAUAAGAGCCGCUGUGAAAAACAAAGUUAAAAAGCACAAGAAAAAGGACCCGUCUUCAGAGAGUGGGUUUUGUUCAUUUGAAGAAGAACAUGGGUUAUCAGAAGGCUCUGUGAGGAAGGAAAGGAAAGCAGCCAAGUUGAGUAAAGAAGCAUUAAAAAAACUGCAUAGUGAGACGCAGCGCCUUAUUCGAGAGUCUGCACUUAAUCUUCCAUAUCAUGUGCCUGAGAAUAAAACCAUUCAUGAUUUCUACAAACGUAAACCCCGGCCCGUGGGCCAGGGAAAUGCCAUGGCUCUGCUGAAGUCAUCCAAGUAUCAGCCAAGCCAUAACAAAGAAAUUAUAAAUACCACAAAUAAAACUGAAAUGAGCAGUGAUUCCCACAGCAAAAGUUCCAAGCAGGCAACAAGUAUAGACUCUGAAAUAGAAAUUAAUCCACUUCUGACAGCUUUAAAAGAACCUCAAAUCACCACUGGGUCAGAUAAACCUUGUAAGGAUUUGGUGGGAAAUGAAGAACUAGAAAUUCAGGAGAAACAGAAACAAAUGGAUUCUUUUGAAGGUAGUUCAUUGGAUCAGAAGGAAUCCAGCUUCCUAGAAACGAAAGACAGUGAGGAGUCUGAGGCUGGAGAGCUUGUGGUAUCUGAACUUCUUCCCCUGGAGGGAGGAGAAGAACUGAAAAAAACAGAAUCAGCAGAUUACACAGUGGAAGAAUCAAGGCCGCAAAUAAAAUCAGGCACAGUGCCACCAGAAAAAGUGAGACGGUUCACUCUGGAUAGACUGAAGCAACUGGGAGUAGAUGUUUCCAUCAAACCUCGCCUAGGUGCUAAUGACGAGUCCUUUGUGAUUCUUGAUGUACCUGAAACCAACAAAGAACUGGAAGCCUUGAAGCAGCGGUUCUGGAAGCAUGCUCAUCCAACAGCCAAACCCAAGACAAGUCAAAAAGUGAAUGUGAGCAUCAUCGUGAAAGAUAUGGGCAUAAAUGGAAAGGAAGAACUAAAGGCAGAUGUGGUGCCUGUCACUUUGGCAGCUGAAAAGCUGGAUGAAGCAACUCACACCAAGCCAGGUGAAAAGCUUCAAGUACUGAAAGCUAAAUUGCAGGAAGCCAUGAAACUCCGUAGACUUGAAGAGCGCCAAAAGCGCCAAGCAUUAUUUCAAUUAGAUAAUGAAGAUGGGUUUGAAGAAGAGGAAGAGGAGGAGGAAGAAGAAAUGACUGAUGAGUCUGAGGAAGAUGGAGAAGAGGAGCUAGAGGAAAAAGAGGAGGAGAAAGAAGAUGAAGAGGAGGAAGAAGAAGGCAAUCAGGAGAUUGCAGAAUUCCUUCUUAAUAGUGAAGAAACAGAAAUAAAAGAUGAUAAAGAAAUGGACAAAGAAAACCAUGAUGGCAGUAGUGAAAGUGGCAAGUCAGUUGGUCUGCUUUCUGUUCCCAAGCCUCUCUCUGAUUCCACUUUACUUCUAUUUAAGGACAACUCUUCUAGGAUGGGUUUCUUUGCUUCUGAAGAAAAGUCAGAAACAGAUGAAAACUUAGGUAAAAGGUCCAGCAAACUAGAUGAAGAUGAUUCAUGCUCAUUGCUGACAAAGGAGAGCAGCCACAAUAGCAGCUUUGAGUUGAUUGGUUCCACGAUUCCGUCCUAUCAACCUUGUAACAGACAACUAGGCCGUGGGACCGGCUUCUUCCCGACAUCAGGAGGGUUCAGAUCUCCUUCCCCUGGGUUAUUUCGAGCCAGUUUGGUCAGCUCAGCUUCUAAGAGUUCAGGGAAGCUGUCUGAGCCUUCACUUCCCAUAGAGGAUUCCCAGGAUCUGUAUAACGCCUCCCCAGAGCCUAAGACACUUUUCCUAGGAGCAGGAGACUCCCAGUUCUGUUUAGAAGAUGACACUCAGAGCCAACUGUUGGAUGCAGAUGGGUUCUUAAAUGUUAGGAACCACAGAAAUCAGUACCAGGCUUUAAAGCCUCGAUUGCCGUUAGCCAGUAUGGAUGAGAAUGCUAUGGAUGCUAACAUGGAUGAGCUGUUGGAUUUGUGCACUGGAAAGUUCACAUCUCAGACUGAAAAAUCACUUCCCAGCAAGAAUGACAAGGAAGAGAACAUGGAGGAGCUUCUGAAUCUUUGUUCAGGAAAAUUCACUUCUCAGGAAUCUUCAACUCUGGCUCCUUCGGAGUUGAAUAAGCAGGAGAAGGAGAGCAGCACAGGCGAUCCAAUGGAAGAAGCACUUGCUCUUUGUUCAGGCUCCUUCCCAACAGACAGAGAAGAAGAAGGUGAAGAAGAGGAAUUUGGAGACUUUCAACUUGUCCCAAAUGAUAAUGAAUUUGAUAGUGAUGAGGAUCGCCACAGUGAUCACAAUGACUCUGAUAAUGAAGAUCUGGCACUAGGAGACCAGGAAGAAGAAGAUGAAGAAGAGCUCUUACAGCGAUCUGAGAAGUUUAGAAGGAAAAUGAGAUUGAAGAAAUACCUAGAAGAUGAGGCAGAGGUGUCAGGGAGUGAUGUGGGAAGUGAAGAUGAGUAUGAUGGGGAAGAUAUUGAUGAAUAUGAAGAGGAUGUAAUUGAUGAAGCACUUCCUUCUGAUGAGGAAUUACAGAAUCAAGUCAAGAAGAUACACAUGAAAACCAUGUUGGAUGAUGAUAAACGGCAGCUACGUUUGUAUCAAGAGAUGUACCUCGCUGAUGGGGACCUGCACAGUGAUGGUCCUGGGCGGAUGAGGAAGUUCCGAUGGAAGAACAUAGAUGAUGCUUCCCAGAUGGACUUGUUCCACAGAGACUCUGAUGAUGAUCAGAUUGAAGAACAGUUUGAUGAGACAGAAGCCAGGUGGAGAAAGGAGCGAAUUGAACGAGAGCAGUGGCUUCGGGACCAGGCACAACAGGGGAAAAUUACAGCUGAAGAAGAAGAAAUUGGAGAAGACAGUCAGUUUAUGAUGCUGGCCAAAAAAGUUACAGCUAAAGCUCUUCAGAAGAGUGCCAAUCGAACUGUGGUUGUUCAGGAAUCAAAGUCUUCACUCAGAAGCCCCUUUGAAGCCAUCAAACCAAGAAGUACUCACCAGCGAAAGACAGGCUCCUUGCUCAAUCAGCCCAAAGCUGUGCUUCAGAAACUGGCUGCCCUCUCUGACCUCAACCCCACUACUCCCCGAAAUUCAAGAAAUUUUGUCUUCCAUAUACUUUCUCCUAGCAAGGCUGAAGCAAAAAAAGAAUCUCCUAAGCCUCAGAUGAAGAGACGAGGUCCAUUGUUAGUCACAUCUCCUUCAUCAAAGCGCCUCAAAACAGAUGAUAGCACUUCGGAAUUGAAACGAAGCAUUUUCAGAUAUUUGGAAAGCUAA